GUGAGUAACACAAACCGUCAGAUCUCACUCCUCACUCUCCACUCUGCAUAUAUAGCCCUCACUAGGUACCAACCCCAUUCAAUUUUAAUUUCAAUUUCAUUUCUCUCAAUAAUUUGAAGUUCUCACUUCACUCAGGAAAAAUGAGAGAAAUCCUCCAUGUUCAGGGUGGUCAGUGUGGUAACCAGAUUGGUUCCAAGUUUUGGGAGGUUGUUUGCGAUGAGCAUGGUAUUGACCCAACUGGAAGAUAUAUUGGGACCUCAGAUCUGCAGCUGGAGCGUGUAAAUGUAUACUACAAUGAGGCCUCUUGUGGGAGGUUUGUUCCUCGAGCUGUUCUUAUGGAUUUGGAGCCUGGUACUAUGGAUAGUGUACGAACUGGUCCAUAUGGCCAAAUUUUCAGGCCAGAUAACUUUGUUUUCGGACAAUCUGGUGCUGGAAACAACUGGGCCAAGGGGCACUACACUGAGGGUGCAGAGCUUAUUGAUGCAGUUCUUGAUGUUGUGAGAAAAGAGGCUGAGAACUGUGACUGUCUGCAAGGUUUUCAAGUCUGCCACUCUUUGGGUGGAGGAACCGGUUCUGGAAUGGGUACCUUGCUGAUCUCUAAAAUUCGGGAGGAGUAUCCUGACAGAAUGAUGCUCACAUUCUCAGUUUUCCCUUCACCAAAGGUCUCAGACACAGUGGUUGAACCAUACAAUGCAACUCUUUCUGUUCACCAGCUCGUUGAGAACGCAGAUGAGUGCAUGGUCCUUGACAAUGAGGCUUUAUAUGACAUUUGCUUCAGGACUCUUAAAUUGACUACACCUAGCUUUGGUGACUUGAAUCACUUGAUCUCUGCAACCAUGAGUGGUGUCACUUGCUGCCUCAGGUUCCCUGGUCAACUUAACUCCGACCUGCGAAAACUUGCUGUGAACUUGAUUCCCUUCCCUCGUCUCCACUUCUUCAUGGUUGGGUUUGCACCCUUAACUUCCCGUGGUUCUCAGCAGUACCGAGCUCUUACAGUCCCAGAAUUGACCCAACAAAUGUGGGAUGCAAAGAACAUGAUGUGCGCUGCUGACCCAAGGCAUGGUCGCUACCUCACUGCUUCUGCCAUGUUCAGGGGUAAAAUGAGCACUAAGGAAGUUGAUGAGCAGAUGAUCAAUGUACAAAACAAGAACUCUUCCUACUUCGUGGAAUGGAUUCCAAACAACGUGAAGUCAAGUGUCUGUGACAUCCCACCCAAGGGGCUUUCCAUGGCAUCUACCUUCAUCGGAAACUCAACUUCCAUCCAGGAAAUGUUUAGAAGAGUGAGCGAGCAGUUCACUGCUAUGUUCAGGAGAAAGGCUUUCUUGCAUUGGUACACAGGCGAAGGAAUGGAUGAAAUGGAAUUCACAGAAGCAGAAAGCAACAUGAACGACUUGGUGUCUGAGUAUCAGCAGUACCAGGAUGCUACAGCUGAUGAGGAAGGUGAAUAUGAAGACGAGGAAGAGGAAGCAAUGGAGCACAUGUGAAGAUGUUAAAGUAGAAUGUGUGUUUGGCGUACCUUUUUUUGCUUUGGAUAUGUGAAUUGAGAGCCUGUAUCAGAUAUAGGGGGUUGAGAAAGAAGUGUAUUUCUUUUUUGGCUCCCGGGUAAAAAUGAAGAAGAGAAAGAUGAUGAAUAUGGUAUAAAAGUUUGGAAGAAGUAGUGUGUUAAGUUUAUCUAUCUGUUAUGGAUUUGAUUGUAUAAAAGUCACCGUCUCUGUUAUUCAAUUUCAGGAUGAUGUAUUAUCUUAUUCCAGGUUGAUGUAUUAUCUUUUAUAUUGGUAAUAUGCAAUUUGAAUUCUGUCUUGCCUUA